CUGCACUUUUUUUACACAAAUGAGUAAUAUUGAAAAAGAAGUAACAAAGUAUAUGAUUACAACAGAUCCUGCGUCUGCAGAAGCUCUGGAGGCAACUAGAAAUCUUGUAAAAACUGUCAACGAAGGUUCAGUUCAAAAUAACCUGUUGAGCUUAAUUCAGGAAUUAGGUGAAUAUUUGAUAAACGACGAUGAAUUUAUUCGCGCCAAAGCAACUGGACUAUUGUCAAACACUUUAAACGAUUGUGAGCAAGAACUUAUUAACGACUCAGCCGUGUCUGUACUGGUUAGCUUCUAUUGCGAUAGAUUAACCGACAAAACCUGUGUUCAAAAUCUGUUUGAUGGUUUAGUGGCAUUAACAACAUUUAAAAACUUUACUGGCAAAAAUGCACUUUUGGUUUCUAAGAGGAUUUUUGAAAACGUCCAAGUACAGCAAUUUCCUCAAGGCGCCAGAAAUUCUGCAUAUAAAGUAUUUGCCAACUUAAUCAACAGACACGCUAAAUCAUUAAGAUCUAUCAAUAACGAAUUUGUCUAUGGAUUUACGCAAGUUUUGGACGGUGAAAAGGAUCCACGAAAUUUGAUGAGUGCCUUCCAAAUUAUGAAGAGUGUGGUAGAGAAUUUUGAUAUAUCGGCUCAUGUAGAAGACAUAUUUGAAGUCACAUUCUGUUACUUUCCUGUUACGUUCAAGCCUCCUCCAGAUGACCCUUAUGGAAUCACAGCAGAGGAUCUUAAAAUCAGCCUCAGAGAAUGUUUGGCUUCUACACCACUUUUUGCCAAAUUUGCUUUACCUUUGAUAUUGGAAAAGUUAUCAUCUACUUCGGGUAGUGCAAAGAGAGAUUCGAUGGAGACUUUAGCUGCAUGUGCGCCAGUGUAUGGGUCUGCUGCUUUAUUGCCCAGCGUUAAUGAAAUCUUCAACAGUCUUAAGUUAGAAGUAUUUCAUGCUAUCGAUGCACCUUUAGAGGAUGCGGCUGUGGAUUGUAUCCGUGCUGUUGUUGCUUCGUUACAUGAAGUAGGUCUCAGCACAUCUGAAGGAGACCCCACCGAAAAGGCAUUGAGACCAUUAGUCGAAGAAUGUGCAACGAACCUUAAAGAUCCCGACAUGAAAGAUUCCAAGCAGUCAGGUCGUAUCUUGAGAGCUGUUGCAUCCGCUUCUGAUCCUGCUUGUCAAUACGUUAUUGAUACAAUUAUCCCUUUGGUGCUAAAACAAUAUCGCGAAACCGCCGUAGCUACCCUUCGAAAGUCUAAUGUCGACAUCAUGAUUGAUCUUUUGGAAGCUUGUAAGACACUUUAUGGAUCGGCCGCUGAAAACGAGACUGCAGACGCUGAUUUUGUGUCACCAUUGAUUCAACAUAAAGAUCGUCUUUUUGGGAUUUUUGAAACAUCUUUAAUGGCUUCGAACGAAUACAACCUUUUAAGAUUGUCUGGAUUAAAUGGGUUGAAAUUGAUGAUUUUAUCAAAGGGGUUUUUAGAAGACAACGAAGUUGGUCUUGCCAUUCAAUCAAUCAACAAAAUUCUUUUGGAUGAAACAGAUGAAGAACUCCGUGCUGCUGCUCUUGAUGCUCUUAGUGUGGCAUCUCAUAUCAACAGUAACUAUAUCAUUGAGAUUACUUUACCUUCUCUCAUCAAUAGACUUCCCGACGUAUCGAACAAUUGUGACCCUAUGUCGUAUUUGCAUGUGCUUUAUGCAUUAAGAACUCUGUGCCCUGUCCCCACUAUCUACAAGCAUGCUAUACCUUCCUUAAUCCAAAAGUUUGAUACUGUUUGUGAACAAGACGACCAGCCUUCAUAUGUGCAUGCCAUCAUUGAAACUGUGCUAGAAAUUUUAAAGGUCAAAUCCGCUGAAAAACAUAAAGAUGUUGCGGAUGGAAUUGUCACUAUUAUUCCUCACAUCUUCACCAAGGCUAUUCAUGCUUCUCUGGAGAAGAGCCACAGCCUCAUCUUAAACCGCUAUAUUUUACAGACACUGUCUUUGAUCACCAUGACCAUCUUUUCCAAGGCAGAUAGUGCGACUCAAAAGACAUUUGUGGACAAGACAUUCAAAUUGUUCGUUGAUGGAGAUUUAUCGCAAUUCAAUAUCGAAGCUACAGCAGAAUAUAGACCUCUCCAAACCACUAGUUCUGAUGCUCAAAAGGAAACAUGCCAAUUGUUCGCCGCUAUUGUGUGUGCAUUAAGAAAGGACGUCUCGUUACCCGUUUCAAAUCUUGAAGAUUACUUAAACGAUUUAGUCACCUUGGCAUUAAGUUCAGACAACAAGGCACAGAUCACUUGUGCUUCAAGAAUUGUUGGGUCGAUCAUCAAUAAAUGGAAAGACAACACUGCUUUGACCGAAUAUGUGAGAUCGACAGCUAUCGUCUUGCAAGAUACAAUUACGCAACAAGCUAGCAAUAGUAAAAACGCAUUAGAAGUUUAUUUGUGGAUCACCAAAUCUCUUGUUUUGCGCACGCACGCAUUAGGUUAUGAGUUGACUGAUAAGAUCAUUGAAUGGUGUGGUAGUAACGUUGCUGGAUCCCAAGCACCUGAAGGCUUUGAUAUAUUGAUUGGCGAUGAUAAACAUGCAUUAAACAAGGAUACGUUUGCGACAACUACAAUUUUAUACAAACAACGUUUCUUCAGCUAUUGUUUGCCUAAAUUGGUUGAUGGUUUCCGUUCAUCGGAAGAGGGCAUCAAACCCAACUACUUGAUCGCAUUGUCAUACGUCUUGAAAAAUGUCCCUAAACAAAUCCUUUUAACGGAAUUGCCACCUCUUGUCCCUCUUUUGAUCGAAUCACUUAGUUUGUCUGAUGAUUCAUUAAAGGUGUCUACCUUGGAAACCUUUAAAUUGGCAGUAUCCGAAGCCGCAGAUGUAGUUGCACCUCAAGUGCGUACAAUUCUUCCGUCGCUUUUGGCCCUGUUGGACGAUACAACUCAUAAUCCUAUGCGUGUACGUGUUGCAGCACUGACUUGUUUGGGCCAGUUCCCUGCAUUUAUUGCCAAGGAUGCACUUUUACCUCACGUCAGCUAUGUUGUAAAGCAGUUGAAGAAACCUUUGGAUGAUAAGAAGAGAAUUGUUAGAAAAGAGGCUGUUGAUUGUAGAUCCAAGUGGUUUACGAUUUCUAAUUAGAUUGUACAUUUUUUUUUGAAAAAAGAAUAAAUAUGAAGUAUGGGUUGCUUGUUUGCCCCCUUCCAUGUUAA